AUGUGGGUUAAAUAUUUGGAAAAUGAUUGUGUUCCCCCGGGGGACGGAGCGUUUGCAUCCCCCGUCUUCCCUGCGCGCCGCGUGUCCCGCUGGGGCCCACCACGUCUCUUAUCCUCACGCACGCACCUUCCUCCUCCACUCGUCGACUCCGCCUCCCUCGCGACCUUCACCAUCUCCCCCAGCUCCACCCUCACCUACAACCUCACCGUCGCCAUGACCGUCCGCAACCCCAACAAGCGGGUCAGCCUCUACUACGACAACGUCGAGGCCCUGGCCCUGUUCGAGGGGCAGCGGUUCGGGUUCGCGCCCCUCGACGCCUUCUACCAAGGCACCCAGGAGUCGAGGCAGCUCGCCCCCGUGUUCGGCGGCCAGCAGGUGCUCGACGGCGACGUCGCGCCCGCCAACUUCAGGUCGCAGCAGUCCGCCGGCGCGUUCGAUGUCGAGGUCAAGCUCAACGCCAGGCUCCGGGUCAAGGUCUGGGCCUUCAAGGUGCGCGAGCCUCGGGCCAGGAUCAGCUGCCCGCUCUCCCUCCCCGCCCCCGGCGCCGCAUCCCCGCCCGCGUUCAAGCCCGUCGACUGCAAAGUCUGGUUCUGAUUCUAGGCUCUUUUGCUGCUGAUUGAUUGAUUCAUUGGGGGAUCUGCUCUGCCGUGGUAGAUCUUCCUGCUAGAGAUUUUCGGUGGUUACCUAUCUAGAGUACUACUGUAUCUGCGCUACCGGU